CAUCCGAGAUAGUACCGUGUGCCAAUGCUAAGUAUAUCUUGAAAGCAUCGACGCCCGCGUCGCGGUCCCGGUCAGUCUCUAGCGACCAGACGUCCUCGGCGUCGUCGAAACUGUUCGUAUAUCAAACGCGUGCGAGUGCCCGAUUAUCCCAUCAUGUAAAUUACCUUGUGCUGUUACGUUUCGUUGGUGCGGAAAAUGUAAGUGUUAUCCCUGAAAGAUGAGCGAAAACAUUCCAGAACCCAGCACUAGUGCCUCAAUCUCCAAAAAACCCUCCAAACGAAAGUACGACCGAGUAAAACUGCCAACACCUCCGCCAGAUCCCAACGACAAAUCCGACGAGGAUGUGUUCGAGUAUUUGGAUUCGUUGGAGCGAUCGACCGCGACAUACGCUUCCCUCGUGGCCACCGAGAAGGCCUUCGAUCACUUCGUCAAGCUCUACAAGCUUAUGAGACAGAUAUUCGAGAUCAAGGAGCAGAAUGCCAAACUCCAUAGGCGAAUCCGAGAUUUGGAACAGAUGAACAAUCUGACCAAGCUUCACAAGGAGCUCGAACGCGACAUCCAGAGAGAGUGUCCAGAACUGGACAAGAACACAGCCUACGCUGAGUCCAUUCUUGAGUCGAUCCUCAUGGAAAUCAGGAAGGAGCAAGAACAAGGAAAACCCACCCCUCGUGCCAGACCGUCUAUUUUGCGACGACAAAGGCAUCGCAGUUGUUCAGGCACAGAAAAAUCCUUCAACCAAGACUCAGAACGUCCUCGAUCCGACAAACAGUCGAAAGUAUCCAAGUGGACGAAGGUGAAGGCUGCGUUCAAAUGGGAGAAAGCCUCCACAACAAUAGGGGAACCCCAAAAGUCAUUAGACGGUCUGACACCUGUUAAUCACGAGCUGGCACGUUACCUAAGGGUACCAUCUACAAGUGACGACACCGGACAUAGUCCUGUAGACUCGAUUAUGGCCGAAAUUUCCACCCCAGGAUCUUUAUCCACGGCUUCCUCCAAUGAGGACUUUCAUCGGAUGGCACACUCUGAAGGUUUUAGAAGCUCAGAAGAUGAACAUUCACAAACCUACAUUCCACAAUCGAAAGAUGAUCCUAACCAAGCUAAGAAUCAAAAAUUCCACCAUCGAACUCCGUGGGCCAAGAUGAAAGAUAUCAUCUCGACGCGGAACAGCUUCAAAAAGAAACACAGACUCAGUGCCCAAAGCGACGACAUCCAGAUCGAUAUAGAACUGUGUAGCGACAAUGAGGACGUCUUCGUCGACGAUAACAAAAGCAAGUCCCUGCAAUCUUCCACCCCUUCUCCCUGUUCUACGAACUACAUUAGGUGCAACUCAAACGACAUACCCCAUGAAGUCAUCCUUAGGUACCAGCAAGCAAUGUCUGAAGAUGCACUGUUAAAUGGAACUGACGGCAAAAAGAUUUCAAAAUGGGUGAGAGUAAAGAAGGCCUUCUUAUCACAUAAUGUUUCCAAUUUUACUGAAAAAGAAAAUAUUCAGGCUAUAGAAGAUGAAAUCCAAAAUAACUACAGGAAAUUGCAGAAAAAACUUAGUCUUGAGUUCCAUGAAAAACGCAGCGAAUGGGAACGAAUGAAACAAAGUUCUCCAAGUACUUCAAAUACUCCUUCCUCAUGUAUGGAAGAUAACAAGGACCCAGCAUUCGCGAAAAAAAUGGAGGAGUGGCAAAAAAUCAAGUCAAAUAACCAAAAACGUGCCAAUAUCCAUAUGACAAAGGAGAUUGACCUUCCUCCAGAAUUUAAAAAGAAAAUGGAUGAAUGGGAACGGAUUAAGAAAUUAUCAGCAAAAGAACAAUCAAGUAAAAAGAAACUUGGAGAAGUUCCUAGAUGGAAAUCGUUGAGUGGCCACAGGUCAGAAACUUCAACAGCUAUUGAAAUGCCUCCUCUUUCAGACGAUUUCAAAAAGAAAUUGGAAGAAUGGAGGCAGAUUAAGGCUAGUGGCGGCACGGUGGGAUCCGAAGCUUUUGGCAAAAAGCUGAAAGAUAAAACGCCAAGCCCAAAACUCAGCAGGAAAAACUCUUCCCCCAAACAUAGCAAAAAAUCGAAGGAACAUCUUACGGAUAUUGACAAGGAAAGUCGUAAGGGUGAUAAACAGCACAGAUCUUCUAAAUCUGGGAAAAAUAGUGCAAAGCAAGAUGUAUUAGUUAAUACACCUUCAGGCUUCAUACGGUUUGAAGGAAUAUCCAGACAAUUUACACGGAAGUUGUACGAAUGGGAAAAAGCACGUGGUAUCAGUCCUAAAUCUUCUACAUUUGCUCUGCUGACAUCAUCAACUCCAGAAAAUAAAGCUAAGAAUUCACCACCUCUUAUAAGGUGUAAGUCCGCUGACAGCAUAGCCAAAUCUGUGAGUAUUCUCACAUGUCCAAUUAUGAGUCACCAACCAUCUAGUCUGUCUCUGAAUGAUAUGGAAGAUUUUGGUAAAGAAUCAAUAUCUGGCUCAAAGUCAUCCUUAAUACAUUAUUUAAAUUCACAAGAUGAUUUGGAUAAUGAUGAACCAGAAGCAUUAAUUGUGGAGGUGGAAGAUUAUGUUGAGGAAACUGCUGCUCCUUUGAAGACGUUUAUAGAAGAACAGAAACCAAUUUAUCAAAGAGAGGAAAUAAAAGCUAUGUGUGAAGGGGAAACAGUAGCAGCUCCUAAAGUUAGAAGAAGUGAAUCAGCAAAAGCACAAAAUAAUUAUAAUAUUAUAGAAGAAAUAUUCAUUAUGUUGAGUACACUUUUGGAAAAUGAGCAAGAAAUUAAAAAACUUAUUGAUGAUGGAAGUUACAUGGAGCCCAAUAAAAACUCUGCAAUAAUUCAAGAAAACUGUCAAAAAGAAAAAAUAAUAUCAGAAAGAAUGACGGAACAAAUUUUAAAACUGCAAGAAGCUAAUACGUCCGUAAUAUCUUCAAUUAGUAAAAAUGAGUGUAGCAGUAAAUUAUCAGACACUUUGGAAGCAGUUCAUGAAUUAUCUACAGAAAUUAAUGAAAUGUCGGAAGCCUUAAACAAAGAUUUCAACCAUAGGAUACAAAUUUGUAACUGGAAUGAAUAUUCUAAAAACCACUCAUUUAUAGACACAAUAUUAGACAUUCGCUCGAAAAUGAUGGAACUCCGAAGACACUUAAGUUACGUGUGUGCCUCAUCAGAUUUAACAGCACCGGGAAGAAAAAGGUCUUCAGAGAAAAAAAGUUUAACUAUCUGCAAAAGUUUGUCUAAUGAUUCAAAAGACUCUAGAUGUGAUACAAGUGACAAUUCGAGACAGAACAGUGAGAAAAAGUCCAAAGAAGGAAGAUUUAUUAAAUCAGAAACUUGUAAUGUUCAGAGUCAAGGAGCGGUUAAAAAACGAAUUAAAUAUAGACAAAAAAGUAUCCAGAAUAGAAGUUUGCCAGAUACGGAUGAAGAAGAUAAUGACAUAAUAGACCAAAGGAAGAAUAAACCAAAAAAGUUAGGUAGAACGAGGUCGACAUCUGAAAAUAGUGGAUCUAAAACUAAAGUUAGUGAUUCUGAGGAACCACCUCUUCAAUUGGACUUAAGUAGUAUUAUUGUUCCAACUGAAACUAAUUAUGUUACUACCCCAAGUACUAGUUACACACCACAACAUUGCGAAUCUCCAGUUACAUUAUUUGUCAAGACUACCAGAAAAUUAUUCACACCUAUCGGAGAAACAAACCUAUCUGUAGAUAAUGCGGAAAUUAAAGUAUCGGAUCACGACAAAAUUGCUACAGACAACAAAAUCGAAGAGAAUGAAAUCUUCAAAAAAUCCCUUGAUCCUCCAGUUGAUACAGUAACACACUUACCACCUUUACCAUCAUCUCCGGUUCCUCAGAGAAAACCGGUCAAAGAUGUUUCUCCAAGCAUUCGAUUAAUAAUGGCUAAGUACAAUCAAAAGAUAUCGGAGCAAGAAACAACCACUCCCAAGUCUGGUGGAAGUAGUGGAUCUGCCUCACCAAUUGCUUGGAGAUCGCCCACCGCAGAAAGACGAGUAAAAGCCCAAACAGAAAAAUAUCAAGAAGAAUUGCUGAAAAUGUCACCACUUCUUGGUGGUAGACGUGAAGUUCAAAAAUCUGCUAGUGUUGGGUACAUUAACACAUCGAAGCAGAUAACGGUUCCUGUAAGAAAAACCUCAAUGCUAAGCAAUAUGUUCUAUAGACCAACACCAAAUUCACCCAAGGAAGAUGUUAAGUUAAAACCAUCAAAGACAGACAUCAGGAAAAGUUUAACGUUGAAUCUGGAUCUUGCCAACGAACCAAUAAACUCACAGCAAUCACCAGAAUUACGUUCCCGCUCAAAAAUGAUACAAAAAGCCAAAGAGGAGUUUCUCAACAGUCCGGUAUCGGCCCCUGCUCGUGAUUCAGAAGCACUAAAGUUUCCAACCAGAAAUCGUUUGAGUCAAAUCAGCGUCGACAGUGAAUCUAGUUGCGAUACGCCUUGUGCAGGAGCUUUGAUCAAAUCAGCUAGUGCCGGUAUGAUCAACAUAGAUCCUGACACUUACAAACAAUUUGAUCCGGAAUACCAUACCUCAGGUUAUGUGUCUUUGCCGAGAUCGGCUAAAAAACCAAAGGAAGGACUGUUAGGUACAAAAUUUGCAUUUUCUAACAUUGCUUCAAAAUUUCGCAAGGUGAGGAUGCGGAGGGGUAAAGAUAAGAUGAACGCGGUAUCCACGUUGUGUAGACAGAGUCUGGUAGUGGAUAUCAGUCCGUCGGAUGAAGCUGCACGCUUAAUGCCAAGUCCUAGUGCCGAAGCAUCGUCGGGUGAUGUUUCACCUUCGUCCUCUAGGUCAGGCAGUUGGAUUAAAAAGCCGAAAUUAUUUAGGAGAUAAUGUACUAACUCACAUUUGUACUUGUUGUAGUUGUUAGAAUUAAAUUAAAUAAUUUUAAAUUA